GUUGAUGUUACAUUACUAGUAAUGUUGGUUGUAAGCUGUACACCUCUAGUGUCUGGGAUUUGUUCUCCGAGGCUUCAAGAAAAACUGCUAAAAAUUUGGCAUGGUGAACCACCUGAAGAAAUUGUCGAAAAUUGGAUGGCAGGGAAACUGACCACAGUCUACAUCUCGCCCGCUCUGGUAGAGGCUCAACCAGGCCUACAUGACGGUGAUGCUCUCAAAGGUCUCUCCUGCUACCAGACAGUGGUCGGCAAGGAUGGAGUAUCAACCACCGACUAUUGGUACUACAACAACAAGACUGCUUUAGCUGCAAAUUACGACAUCGUGAUGGAGGUACCAGCUAUUGUAACAGUUAUUGAACCACCAUAUUCAGAAAUGCACCUUCAGGUGUUCUUCUUGAGGAAUGGUGUCUAUGGGCUGUACGAAUGUGACACGUAUUUUACAGAAGAGGGCAGUUACACCGCUGGCGUGAUGAUUAGAGUGCUCAAUUACGACAAGAACAACAAGCUGCAGUCAGACGCUAUACAGUCGGCCAUAGCGAUACUGAACAAACUUAACUUAAAUGAUGGUGUUGUAGUCCCUACAGAAUGCCCUUAGCUGAUCAUGUUGGGAGUCCUCAGAAUGCGAGUUUAGGUCACAAUAAUAAAGCUAAACUAAUAUAAA